AUGUUGUCACGUGGCACAACAAUUUUAAAAAGCGUAUGGGAAUUAAAUGGAAGGAAACAGACCGCAAUAAAUUUACAACAGAUCCGUACAUGGUAAGUCUGUAAGUAUAUUACAUAACGUUUACUUCAAAAGAAGGUUAGGUUUAUAUUUAGUAAAAAUUUUUAAUAUUUAUAAAAUACAUUAAAAAAUACAUUAAAAAAUCUGUAAAACAUUUCUCAUAUAUAUGCACACAAAUAUGUAAGUAAAUAUAUAUAAUAAUAUUUAAUUCAUAUGCUAUGAAUAUAUAUAAUUUAUUGUGUGGUUGUCCAAAAAAUUGGUGCCAAUUUUGAAGGAGAAUUGAAACGCAGGAGAUUUAAAUUUUAGUAUACACUUAUUAAAUUAUAUAGGUGCCAUUCUGUUCUACAACCUUUCUCCAUCUUUCAGGCAACUUGAAAAUUCCGUCUUUCCAGAAUCUCUUAGGUUUUUCAGCGAAAAACUUUUCUACGUGAUUUUUUAUCUUGACCAAAAAGUUGAAGUUUUUUCCAUUAAAGGAAUAUUUGUAAUGAUCGAAAUAGAUGGAAAUCAGAGGGCGCGAGGUCUGGUGAAUAUGGUGGAUGCGGCCUCAUGUGUCUUUGAUAACUUGAUAAAAGUUGUUGGAGCUCAGUUGAAAUGUUCUUUCAGCUAUAGCACUUUCGCCAUAAACAGUGCAUAUCUUGUUUAUCGCUUGUGUGGCAUUUUUGCCUUUCCGGUAAAAGAAAAGCAUUAAAUGCCUAAAAUGCACUUGUUUUCUUCCAUAUUCAAAGGCGUAUAAAACUGACAAAAAUUAACGUAUCUUAAACAAAUUUUUUUCCAAAUAUGCCUGAAGUACCGUCUUUUACGAUAUGUACGCUUGUCAUUUGUUUUCAAUCGUUCUGAUAUUCAGAACGAUUCAGACCUGUUCUUACGCCACCUACUAAAAAUCGGCACAAACUUUCUGGACAACCCAAUAUUUCAUUUGAAAAUUUAUUGUGAAUUUAUUAUUUCAAAAGAGUAAUUUAAUAUUAUAGUUUUGCCUAUCGUACAGCACCUGUACCUGAAACAAAAUGGGUAAUACUAGCAGAGAUAUGGUCUGGAAUAGCAUGGUGGUGGAUCUUUUGGAAUGCUUGGCAUGAGCAUGAGCAUAUCACUGUAAGUGACAUAAUUAUUUCUUAGAAAUUUUAUUUACUACCUACAAUAAUUAAUAUUUUAGGGUCAUUUCCCUGAGAUACGUCCAAUAGAAUGGAGUGAUGAAGAAUUAGGAAUUCCACCUGAUUAA